CAAUGUUAGCAGUAGUACUAAUUCUAUCAGCGGUCUUUGGUUGUUCGGGCCAUUCUCUUUCAAAGCGGGAGACAUUGAUUAACAGCCAAAUUGACGAACUCAUAGAGGACUUCAGUGCGCUCGUCGAGUCAGGCGGGGUCCAAAAAAUUCCUAUUGACGACUUUUCCACAACAUUCGAGAAGAAAGUUAGAUUCGUCAAGCUCAAAGGUAAUUUUGAGGCGAGCAAUGGAUAUGUGCAGGAUUUGUCGACGAUUCAGAGGACAGGGGAUGCUACAGUGUCAGCGACCCCUACUACAGUCACUGUGACUCUUCACCUAGGUCUGCAAAACCUCCAGGUACACUACGAGAACUACAAGGCCACCUUUAACAAGAUCAGCGUGUCUGGAGAUAUGACCUUGGAUGUGGCGAAGAACUCAGUCUUCGUCCAGAUGACUUUCAUCUUCGAGGACGAAGAAUCUUGCAGUACUGUUCUAGACAAUGCUUACAUAGAAGAAUUGGAUGGGAUAACAGUGACAGUGUCCAACCUGGGUCCACUUAAGUGGACGUACGAGAAGAUAGCGGAAUGGGUCAUCAGGAAGUUCAAGGAUGAAAUGACGGGGAAAAUUGAAACUAGUGUGAAGGACAGUUUUAUGAAACGUCGGAAAAACUCGUUGUGUGAGCUAGUAAGGUACCUUUAG